CCACAUUAUCUGUAUGCUGAUUGGUUUGAGUUCCCCUGAAUGUCACAAUCUCACCACCCAGCAAUGAGGUAUUUUACUGCUUGCUGUCUGGAGAUCAAAUUAUUACUGUAGAGAAGAUCUUUAUUUUUUCUGUUUCAUUAACAGAUUAUUAUAAAGCAAUAAGUAUACAGGAAGAGAAGCAGACGUUUUACAUUGGAAAUUAAUGAAAGAAUGUCUUCUAGGGUUUUUUCCCUCUCCAGGUGGGUAUUGUUCAAGAUCUUAUACCACCCCCACAAACUCACUCUUCGGAAAUGGUAAAAUAAGGAAAUGCAUGAUUCCAGAGACAUCCCUAAGCACCUAGGUGCCUUGUAGUAUCAUCGGACCUUUUGGACGGGUGUAAGUUUUAAGAAUUUUUGUUAUAUUCCUAACAGUUUUUUUUUCUUCCCUAAUAACAAAGAGGAGGAAAAGGAAACUGACAUAACACAACUGAUUUGACAUUUCCAGUCAUACUUGCAAGAAGGCAAAAGAAAAGCUAUUUAGCGGGAUGGAACACGAGGAAAAGCCAUUAAAAAUGUAAAGCCCAAUUCGUUUGUUAUUUUUGUGAAGGCAGAACAGAUGUGAAUAAUUCUGCAGCUGUCCUCUGAACUUAGCUUCUUCCUACUUUAUGCAUAUUUGCAUGAAUUCCAGAAUAGUAGAUGACAAAGACAGGGAGGGCUGCCCUAACCUGCUUUUCCCUUCUUCCCCAUUGACAAAUUUUUUUCUUGACUGCGCUUUUCUUUCUUUUUUUCCCCCUUCCACUUUCUUUUUCUCCACCGUGUUCCAAUUAACAUGCAAAUUCAAAGGUCAGUCGAGAAAAAUCAUUAAAAAAAUUAAUCUUAAAAAAAAAAAAAGAAAGAAAGAAAGAACGCUUCCAAUGCUUUGGACCGCCCUAAAAAAGAGAAAGGAAGAAAAUACUGGCGGAAGGCGAGCGUUCCGGGAAGUUGUGGGAAUUGCAGCCUUUCUCGGUGGGGCUUCGCCAGUGCACUGCCCUACGGGCCGCGGCGGGCCUGCCUGAGGUCUUGCAAGAGCCCCGGGGAGCUUGCACUCCAGCUGCGGGGAGGGAAAAGUUCAGAAGUGCCACAAGAGACAAAAGCCUAAUUUUACCAGUUGGACUGGACAGGACACGCAAUAGACCCCUAUCAGUUCUGGAAACGAAUUCGGGGUUCCUGUUGGCUCCACGGUGGCAACGACAGCUCCCGCCGCCGCCCUCGCCGCCGCCGCCCUCGUAGCCGCCGCGGCCCCUGCGUUACUGAGGGAGACGGUGCCGCUGCGACAGGGGAGGACGCGGCUGGAGCUCAAGGAGGCUCCAGCGCGCAGGCGCCGCCAGCCCUGCCUGGAUGCUCCGUCAAGGCACUAAGGCAGAAAAAAAAAAAAAAUCAGCAAUUUAUAGAAAGAAGAAGCUAUAGUCUGUCGGGAUAUCCAACACCAACAGGGGUGGUGGAUUUCAGGUUUCGUAAUGUUGUAUGAUGAGAUCGGUAUUUACCCGGAGAUGUGCCGGUGGGGAAAUUAAAAUCAUCGGACACAGUUUUCCUGAUCUUCUAUCAGCAUAUUCUGGCAAAUAUUCUGAUGGCAAAUCAAAUGGAAGAAAAGAGGAAGCAUGACUACAGAUGGGAUCAGUUCUCUUUGUGGAUUACAUUUUCAGUAAAAUGUAUGGAUCUAUCUUUUCCUUGUUCUUAUAUCUAGAUCAUGAGACUUGACUGAGGCUGUAUCUUUAUUUUCCAUCCAUCUAUGGCGAACUAUAGCCAUGCAGCUGACAACAUUUUGCAAAAUCUCUCUCCUCUAACAGCCUUUCUGAAACUGACUUCCUUGGGUUUCAUAAUAGGAGUCAGUGUGGUGGGCAACCUUCUGAUCUCCAUUUUGCUAGUGAAAGAUAAGACCUUGCAUAGAGCACCUUACUACUUCCUGUUGGAUCUUUGCUGUUCAGAUAUCCUCAGAUCUGCAAUUUGCUUCCCAUUUGUAUUCAACUCUGUCAAAAAUGGCUCCACCUGGACUUAUGGGACUCUGACUUGCAAAGUGAUUGCCUUUCUGGGGGUUUUGUCCUGUUUCCACACUGCUUUCAUGCUCUUCUGCAUCAGUGUCACCAGAUACUUAGCUAUCGCCCAUCAUCGCUUCUAUACAAAGAGGCUGACCUUUUGGACGUGUCUGGCUGUGAUCUGCAUGGUGUGGACUCUGUCUGUGGCCAUGGCAUUCCCCCCAGUUUUAGAUGUGGGCACUUACUCAUUCAUUAGAGAGGAAGAUCAAUGCACCUUCCAACACCGCUCCUUCAGAGCUAAUGAUUCCUUAGGAUUUAUGCUGCUCCUUGCUCUCAUCCUCCUAGCCACACAGCUUGUCUACCUCAAGCUGAUAUUUUUUGUCCAUGAUCGAAGGAAAAUGAAGCCAGUCCAGUUUGUAGCAGCAGUCAGCCAGAACUGGACUUUUCAUGGCCCGGGAGCCAGUGGCCAGGCAGCUGCCAAUUGGCUAGCAGGAUUUGGAAGGGGUCCCACACCACCCACCUUGUUGGGCAUCAGGCAAAAUGCAAACACCACAGGCAGAAGAAGGCUGUUGGUUUUAGAUGAGUUCAAAAUGGAGAAAAGAAUCAGCAGGAUGUUCUAUAUAAUGACUUUUCUCUUCCUAACCUUGUGGGGUCCCUACUUGGUGGCCUGUUAUUGCAGAGUCUUUGCAAGAGGGCCUGUAGUACCAGGGGGAUUUCUAACAGCCGCUGUAUGGAUGAGUUUUGCCCAAGCAGGAAUCAAUCCUUUUGUCUGCAUUUUCUCCAACAGGGAGCUGAGGCGCUGUUUCAGCACAACCCUUCUUUACUGCAGAAAAUCCAGGUUACCAAGGGAACCUUACUGUGUUAUAUGAAGGAGCAUCUGUAAAUCUUUAGCCUUGUGAAACACUAACCUUCUCUGCUAAGCAAUUGUGGCCUGUAGCCAUAACUUGAGAAGAAAAUCAAGAAUGGGAUCAACGGUUAUAGGGAUUUGGGCAACAUUCUGCAGUCUUUGCAAUAGUUCACCUAUAAUCCUAUUUUAAAUCUCAGAGUGAUCCUGCUGACUGCCAGUGAAGGUUUGUAAUUAUGAAAGAACUGAACCACUGUCCUCAGUUUCUUUAUGUGGUUGAAAACUAGAUAAUGAAAGUAGCAGGUGCUAAGUUUCAGUGCUAAAUGCUGUGUAUACCACUACAUAUGAAAAAAACAAACAUCAAAAACACAAUUAGCAUUGGACAUCUUAAUAAAUUAAGUUGACAUGAAGUAAAUAUGUUGAUAAAAACUAAUUUUAGAGGUUUGAAGACUUUAAAACAUUUCAUACUAUUAUUGUUUUGCAAAGACUAAAAUACUUGGGGACUUAAAGUACUGUAAUCACUAAAGAUGUGCCAUGAAUUAUUGGAUUAUCACGCCUUGUAAGUUUGGGGAGCAUUCCAAAGCAGUAUAUUGGUUCCAACUAGAAUUUACUUUUUUUUUGUAUCAGUACAUUACUAUUUCUAAAUACCAAUUUCCUUAUCUACUAGUGAAAUUGCUAGCAUUGAGCUGUAUUAUGUGGUUUUUGUUGAUUUCUUAUAUAAAGUUUUUCCAAUUCCUUUCUAUUUUAUGAAUGCUAGAUACUGGUCUGGGAGGCAACAUUGAUGGUAACAACCUGUCACAAAUUGAACAGUUCUAAUAAUGCAGAAUAAACACAUGUUGCCUUAAAAGGUUAUCUAGUAUCUCAUCUUAUUUAGCAUUGAAGCAAAUAAACAAGGGAAAUAAAAUCAGUCACUGGUCAUGGUCAUGCAUCUGGAAGUGCAUGGGCGAUCAUUUAAUACUCCUUUUUUUCCUCACGUGGUUUGAAAAUUAAGGUACACAUCACUGAGAUAAUGAGAUUUUUCUUCAGAGGUGUGCUACCCAGUAAGUGUGUUCAAAGAAACAGGCAGUUGAUGUAUGUUCAUAUUUUAAGCCAGCUGUUAAAGGGGAGACCACAGCCUUAGUAUGACAUCCUGCACAAUCUGUGAAGCAUUUACUCUAUGAAGGCACAGUCUUGUUUAUACUUUCUGCACAUCCGGUGUAUUGGUCAUUUAAAUUAUUUCAGUUUUAACUUGUGAUAACUUAUACUAUGAUUUCUGGUAUUUUAGAAAUACAUUAGAGUCUGUGAGUCUCAUUCUUUAAGAUACAGAUGUGUGAAUUUCAAUAUAAAGUUGCAUUUGCCAAAAUUCA